UUCUUCUUCUUCUUCAUUCUACAACGUCUUUGACCUUAAACUUCUUCCUUGCCAAGCCAACACGCUUCUUAUUUCCUUUCUACAAUCAAAACAACACACCUUUCUUAUAUCUUAUAUCUAAGUUCAGCUACCCUUGUCAUAGUUUUCAUCAUUAAACUGCUUCAUACACACAUAUUUGUUGCACUUGCACAACCACAACAAAAGUUAGUUAGUUACUGCCUUCACAUGUUUUCAUUGUUGGUUGAUGAAUCAUGGGUUCCAAGAGGCCACUUGUGAUGACAUCAGCUCCUGAUAAUAACUACCAACAGGACCUGCCCAUUACUCCUGAACUUCCAAAAUCAAAGUCAGGUUCCAGCAACGUUUUCAACCCACUUGAGAACACUCUCCACUCGUCAUCACACAGAAGUUCCAUGUCCAUUCACUCUUCUGGGAGCAGGAGCAACAACUCUAUCCUCGAAGUGAGUUUGAGCCGUUCAGGAUCCAAAGCCAGACCUGUUAGAUAUGGCUCAAAGGGUGCAGAUUCUGAAGGACUCAGCAUGUCACAGAGGGAACUCAGAGAUGAGGAUGCAAGGUUAGUGUAUAUAAACGACCCUGGGAAAACCAAUGAAACGUUUGAGUUUGGAGGAAACUCUAUCCGCACAUCAAAAUACUCUGUCCUCACUUUCAUCCCAAGGAACCUGUUUGAACAAUUCCACAGGGUUGCUUACGUGUACUUUCUCAUUAUUGCCAUUCUCAACCAGCUUCCCCAGCUUGCGGUGUUUGGAAGAGGCGUUUCCAUUUUGCCACUGACUUUUGUGUUGUUUGUGACAGCUGUGAAGGAUGUGUAUGAGGAUUGGAGGAGGCACAAGAGUGAUAGAGUUGAGAACAACAGGUUGGCGUCGGUUUUGGUUGAUGGGAAGUUUGAGGAGAAGAAGUGGAGGGAUGUUAGAGUUGGUGAGGUGAUAAGGAUCAAGGCAAAUGAACCCAUCCCUUGUGAUAUUGUGUUGCUCUCAACUAGUGAUCCAACUGGGGUUGCAUAUGUGCAGACUAUUAAUCUUGAUGGGGAGUCAAAUUUGAAGACUAGGUAUGCAAAACAAGAGACACAUGGCAAGGAGGGGUUUGGUGGGGUGAUCAAGUGUGAGAAGCCUAAUAGGAACAUAUAUGGAUUUCUGGCUAACAUGGAGGUUGAUGGCAAGAAGUUGUCACUUGGAUCAUCCAACAUUGUGCUUAGAGGAUGUGAGCUCAAGAAUACUAGUUUGGCAAUUGGGGUUGCUGUGUAUUGUGGGAGUGAGACCAAGGCCAUGCUGAAUAGCUCCGGAGCUCCUUCUAAGAGGAGCAGGUUGGAGACACGCAUGAAUUUUGAGAUCAUUUGGCUCUCUUUCUUCCUUGUGGCAUUGUGUACUGUCACCUCAGUUUGUGCUGCUGUGUGGUUGAAGCGCCACAAGGAUGAGUUGAAUCUGUUGCCUUAUUAUAGGAAACUGGACUUUUCAGAAGAGGGGGAGGUGGAAAACUAUAAGUACUAUGGAUGGGGGUUGGAAAUUUUAUUCACAUUCCUCAUGUCAGUUAUAGUAUUCCAGGUCAUGAUUCCCAUUUCAUUGUACAUUUCCAUGGAGCUUGUUAGGGUUGGUCAGGCCUACUUCAUGAUCCGGGACAACAGAAUGUAUGAUGAGGAAACCAAGUCAAGGUUCCAGUGCAGGGCUUUGAACAUUAAUGAAGAUUUGGGGCAGAUUAAGUACGUUUUCUCAGACAAAACUGGCACACUCACUCAGAACAAGAUGGAGUUUCAAUGUGCAAGCAUCUGGGGGGUUGAUUACAAUUCUACAAAAGACAACAUGGAGGGUGAGCAAGUUGAACAUUCUGUGGAAGUGGAUGGAAAGGUCAUCAGACCAAAGAUGAAGGUGAAAGUUAAUCCAGAGCUUUUGCAGCUAUCAAGAAGUGGACUUCAAAAUGUGGAGGGAAAACGGAUUCAUGAUUUCUUUCUAGCACUGGCAACCUGCAACACUAUUGUGCCUCUUCUUGUUGACACACCGGACCCUGAUGUCAAGCUGAUAGAUUACCAGGGAGAAUCACCGGAUGAACAAGCAUUGGCUUAUGCUGCUGCUGCCUAUGGUUUUAUGCUCAUAGAGCGAACUUCGGGCCAUAUAAUCCUUGAUAUUCAUGGGGAAAGACAGAAGUUCAAUGUCUUGGGUUUGCAUGAAUUUGACAGUGACAGGAAGAGGAUGUCGGUUAUAUUGGGGUACCCUGACAGUUCUGUGAAAGUUUUUGUCAAAGGAGCAGACACAUCCAUGCUUAAUGUGAUAGACAAGUCAUUUAACAUGGACUUAGUAAGAGCCACCGAGGCACAUCUUCACUCUUACUCUUCCAUGGGUUUGAGGACACUUGUUAUUGGCACGAGAGACUUGAAUGCUUCAGAAUUUGAGAAGUGGCAUUCAGCCUUUGAGGCAGCAAGCACUGCUGUGUUUGGCAGGGCUGCGCUGCUCCGCAGGGUUUCUAGCAUUGUAGAGAGCAGUCUCAGCGUAUUGGGAGCAUCAGCCAUUGAAGAUAAACUGCAACAAGGUGUGCCUGAAUCCAUUGAGUCUCUAAGGAUUGCAGGCAUUAAAGUGUGGGUUCUGACUGGGGACAAACAAGAAACUGCCAUAUCCAUUGGCUACUCUUCAAAGCUCCUAACAAGCAGAAUGACUCAAAUUAUAAUCAAUAGCAAAACCAGAGAAUCAUGUAGAAAAAGUUUGGAAGAUGCCCUUGUCAUGUCUAAAAAGCUCCUGUCCUCAUCUGGGGUUGCCAACGAUGCUGGAGGAAGUUCAGAUGCAACUCCAGUAGCUUUGAUCAUUGAUGGUACCAGUCUCGUGCAUAUUCUUGACAGUGAACUCGAAGAACAGCUAUUUCAACUUGCAAGUAGAUGCUCUGUUGUUCUAUGUUGCCGUGUUGCUCCACUUCAAAAGGCUGGGAUAGUUGCCCUUGUGAAGAAUAGGACAUCUGACAUGACACUAGCCAUUGGAGAUGGUGCUAAUGAUGUCUCAAUGAUCCAAAUGGCUGAUGUUGGAGUUGGCAUCAGUGGACAAGAGGGUCGGCAAGCUGUAAUGGCAUCUGAUUUUGCAAUGGGGCAGUUUAGGUUUUUGGUUCCUCUCUUAUUGAUACAUGGACACUGGAAUUAUCAACGGCUUGGUUACAUGAUACUAUACAACUUCUACAGAAAUGCUGUCCUUGUUCUAGUCCUAUUUUGGUAUGUGCUCUUCACUGCCUUCACUUUGACAACCGCCAUAAAUGAAUGGAGCACGACGUUAUAUUCAAUAAUCUACAGUUCAUUGCCAACUAUAAUUGUUGGUAUUCUAGACAAGGAUCUUGGUAGAAGGACUUUGCUAAAGUAUCCUCAACUUUAUGGGGCAGGACAGAGACAUGAGGCCUACAACAAGAAAUUGUUUGUGUGGACAAUGUUAGAUACUUUGUGGCAAAGCUUGGUUAUCUUCUGGGCUCCCCUCUUUGCAUAUUGGAGUAGCACAGUUGAUGUGGCAAGCAUUGGAGACCUUUGGACUUUUGGAGUUGUUAUUUUGGUUAAUUUACACUUGGCCAUGGAUGUCAUAAGGUGGUAUUGGCUGACCCAUGUUGUCAUUUGGGGUUCUAUUGUUGCAACUUUCAUUAGUGUCAUGAUCAUUGAUGCUAUCCCCAAUCUUCCUGGCUACUGGGCCUUCUUUCAUGUUGCAGGAACUGGAUUGUUCUGGUUAUUGUUGCUUGGAAUCGUGAUAGCUGCAUUGCUUCCUCGUUUGGUUGUAAAGUUUGUCUAUCAGUAUUAUUUUCCUAAUGAUAUUCAGAUUUGCAGAGAAGCCGAGAAGAUUGGAUAUGAGAGAGUAGUUGAAAGUGGACAGAUAGAGAUGCUUCCUAUCUCAGACAAUCCACCAAGAUAAGAGAAGUGAUAUUUUGUCUUUUUAUUUUUUAAUUUUUUUUGUAAAGUUGCAUAUUCUUUAGGCUACUUGAGAGUAUUUGUGUUUAUUCCCGGAUUUCAUUGGUUCCUAUCCGAAGGAUAGAGGUUUUGUUAUCACUGCAGAGUGCAGAGGUUUGUUGAAUCUUCAUUCUUUUGUACCAUAAACUUAGCAUGUUGUAAAUUAACCUUGAUUAAAUUUAAAGAAGAAAAAGAAACAGUUGAUUACAUGUUACAUAUUAAAUUUUUUACACGAAGGGUU